AUGGCAUCUAGAGACGUACCUUAUCCUAGGUCAAAUGCGCAGCAACAAACCAGGACUUGCCUCUGUUCACCCACCACACAUCCUGGAUCAUUCAGGUGCAGCCUGCACAGGAAUUUCCGUAAGAUGUCUUCAGGAUCAAGAAUCGGUCGUGUUGAUUCGAAUCAUAAUUGGGACUUGACUGUGGUUGCCAAAGCGAAUCCGUUCAAGGCAAUCUUGUUACAGAUUAUCAAGCCAUCCAGUCAUGACCUUCACAGGAGGAGGGAUUUCCAGCCCAGGCCUACCAGGUUUUGCCUAAUGAAUGCUAAUAGAAAUGGGGUUGCUGUUUCUUGA